AUGGACUUGGCCUCUUCUUUCAGUGAAACAAUUAAGCAAAGAUUAGAUUAUUUUCCCAAGCCUGAUGGUACAAUUGAUUAUAUACUUAAUAUAAAAUCUACAAUCUUGAUUUGUGGUGCAUCAUCUGUAAUUGUAUGCUUCGUCUGCAUCUUAAUACUGAAAAAUUUUGCAAGUUGCAUUGGUAAAACAGUCGUAAUGUUAGUACCACUUUCUUUAAUUGGUGUUUGUGUUUUCAUAUUCACAUCAGGAUCAUUAGUUGAGACAAUAUUAAAUAGAGAAGAUAUAAUUAGUCAAGCAACAUUACAAAUUAUCGCAGUAAUUGCUUUGGUCAUUGCAGCAUUAAUCAUUUGGUUCCUUAUUCGUAUUUGGAGUAAGGUGAAUUUAGCUUUAUCGCACAUUGAGUUUGCCUGUAAAGUAUUUUACAAUAACUUGGCGAAAUUUAUUUUCAUCCGAAUUAUUUGGCUAUUUAUUUUCAUACUUAUUGGUUCAAUUGUUUUAGUUUCAUCGGCUGCUCUUUAUUCAAUAUAUGAAUUCAAGUACAAUAUUCCUGAUGAUGGUUUCUUUAAAGGUAUCGGGCGAAUUACAUUUGAUUGGAACAUUGUUUUUUUCAUGCUGAUAUAUAACAUUGUUUUUCUUGUUUUCAUUCAUUAUCUUCUGAUUCACCUAUGUCAUUAUGUUACAAGUGCAGCAAUAGUUAAAUGGUAUUUCACAGAACGAAAAGGAAAUUCACAUUUUGGACGUAUCAGUUUUCAUGGAAUUUGGUUUGCAUGGAAGAAAGGAUUAGGAACAGUUACUAUUUCUUGUUUGAUUCGGACAACUCUUAUGAUUUUAGUUAGGCAAUUAGCGAAUUAUCUCAAUAAAUUACCAUUAACAGGUAUACCUUUCAUUAAUACAUUUAUUAACAUGCUAUUUCGAUUGAGCAAUUUAAUUGCUUUUGUUUUGGCGAGUACUUACACAACUCAGCAUAUAUUCAAUACUCCAUGGAUUCCAUCUGCAAAGUUAGAGAUCGGUUUUAUUGCUAUUGAUAAACUUUUUACUAUUAUUUUCAUGGUCAUUGUCGUAAUUAUCGAUUGGGUGGCAUUAAUUGGCAAUUUUUCGAUGUAUGUCAUUUUAUUUGUGUUAAUCGAUCAAAUCAUGGGAGAAGGGUUUAAUCUUUUUAAUCCUUCACUCGUGCUGGCAGCAUUAUAUGGGAUUAUAUUCUUACACGUGUUCCGUAGUAUUAUUGACAUUAUUUAUGUUUGUCAACAAUCUGAAAAAUCACUUCCUGAAAACACAGCCGGCGAUGUUUCUAAGAUGGAGAAACAGAUAAUUACUGAAACGAAAGAUGCUCCCGAGAAUGCUGAUACCAACAACCAAGCUUCAGUUGAAAAAUUGGAAGAUAAAUCUGAAAUAAAAGAAGAAUAA